CCUGCAUCCCUCUCGGGCUGUGACUUCCUCAAGACUGCGAUAAUGACUGACCUUAACGAUUGCAGCUACUCCCGCGAGGAGUGCAUAGCAUCAGUCCGCGACUAUUACAAGUUUCUAGCUACGAUGUAUCUCCACGAAGAGGACAUCAUUUAUCUCCCAGAGGGAGGUUGGGCUACCAUUUCAUCGGAAUCGUUUCAAGACAUGAAUAAGACAGCUGAGGUCAUUUCUCUCUUGCGCCAGCUACCCUACAUUCGUGCCCCGAGUAAUCCAAUCAAUCAGGCCCAGGGUGCUCCUUGGUGCCGUUUCGCUGAUUGGCAACAUACUGGCGCCCGUAUCGAACGUGGCAUGGAUGGUCAGGAUCUAAAAAUCAUGUCGGAGGGUUCUGAUAUCUACGACAACGCACCAUCCCACGUGAUUGGUUGUGGUCUCACAAAAGGUGGCCGCGAAAAUUAUGUUUUCAUUUUGGAUACGGAGCUUGGCAUAAUCUACUGGUCAGAAUGCCCAGGCGAGAUCUCAGACAAUCCCUCCUACGACCACCCGAAAGUCCUCGACGAUCCUCAUGAGUGGGCCCCAGAGAACGAAGCCGACUGGCGUGGCGGUGCCGCUGGCUGGACCGUAAAGGGUUUCUUCGAAGUCCUCAAAGAUCAGUCCUUAAAACUGAAAUUCAUCCCCACCAGUCUACUGUAUGUUAUCGACGUAUACGCGUGGCUCAUACCAGACUCGGGCGGCUUGGUGGAAAGACUACAGGGUAUAUAUCGCCAACAUGGCUGGCCUGACCUGGACAAUUUUCAGAAGCAGGAGUGCUUAGAAGCCGUGGAGACCACAUUGGAGCAACAGCACCGUACGGAUGGAUAA